AUGGGUUUGCUGCAAUUAGGAACUGCUCUCGAAUGGCCCGAGGCCAAGAAGAAUGCCGAUAAGGUUAGGAAAUGGGGUAUCGAGCAACUUCUCGCGAUCUGGAACAGGGCCAAGGGGAAAGAACGAGAUGUGCUUCUUUGGGGAGACGAGGUUGAAUAUCUUGUCGUUGCGUUCGACGACAGCCACCGAAAAGUCCGGUUAUCCCUUGCUCAAGCCGAUAUCCUCAAGUCGCUUGCCCGAGAUGCGGCUCUAUAUAAGGUUGGAGGAGAUAUGUCCGAUAUGAAAGCUAAGCAUGAGGACGAAGCAUUACCGACAUUCCACCCAGAGUUUGGAAGAUUUAUGUUGGAAGCCACACCCGGGCGACCAUGGGGCAUCAAUCUCACAGAUUUGUUAAAGGUGGAAUCAAAUAUGCGCUGGAGGAGGGAAAUCGCAAAAAGGCACAUGGCUGAUAAUGAAUACCCCAUAACGCUCACCACCUUCCCACGCCUUGGAGGUCCGGAAGACUACAUUCAGCCCUAUUACCCCCCUUCUGGUCCUGCGUUGCGGUCCCAAUUCGUCCCUGAUGAGAUCGCCAAUCCUCAUAUCAGGUUUCCAACCUUAGCUGCCAAUAUUAGAUCUCGACGUGGCCGCAAGGUCGAGAUAAAUGUACCCGUGUUCAGAGAUACGAAUACCCCAUGGCCAUUUAAUGACCCUACAGUGAAUUACGAUUUGCACGACUGGCCGGAGGAUGACGACGUGAGAAAUGGAGCUGCCAAAGAAGGUCAUGUGUAUAUGGAUGCCAUGGCUUUUGGCAUGGGAAGUUGUUGCUUGCAAAUAACAUUUCAAGCCAAAAAUAUUACUGAAGGCAGGACAUUAUAUGACCAGUUAAGUCCAUUGGGUCCAAUUUUAUUGGCCCUUACAGCUGCAACUCCGAUAUAUAAGGGUUUCUUGGUGGACACCGAUGUACGAUGGAAUCAAAUUAGUCGGGCAGUCGAUUGCAGGACACCGGAAGAACUUGGUGAAAAGCCCCUGAAAAACGACCGCUGGAGAAUACCAAAAUCACGAUAUGCAUCCAAUUCCACAUAUAUUUCACAGGAUCGGCGGUUACGAAAGGAAUAUAUGGAUCCGAAUCUUGUCAUUGACGAAGAUAUUAAAAAACGAUUGAUAGAAGGCGGAAUGGACGACUUGCUAGCAACACACUUUGCACAUCUGUUUAUUCGCGACCCCAUUGUCAUUUUCUCGGAAGACUUGAAACAAUUAGAUCUUAAUGAGGUCAAUCAUUUUGAGAACCUACAAUCCACCAAUUGGCAGCAUAUCAGGUUCAAGCCACCUCCACCUGAUAAGGAUAUUGGCUGGCGAGUGGAGUUCCGAUCAAUGGAGAUUCAGAUGACCGAUUUCGAGAAUGCAGCAUUCAGUAUCUUCAUUGUGCUCGUUACUCGAGCCAUUCUCAGCUUCGAUUUGAACUUUUAUAUCCCAAUACAGCGAACGACGGAAAAUAUGGAGACGGCACAUGCUCGGAAUGCGGUUCUAGAGAAGAAGUUUUACUUUAGGAAGGAUCCCUUCCCACCUAGAUCAUCGCGACAGUCACACUUGCACAAUAGUGGGACCGAACCGUCCUCCGCCGGUUCUUCCACUACAGUCAGCGCUCCCCCAUCACCACCAUUAGGGCCUGUCGAUUCAGAAUAUGCGUUGAUGAGCAUAUCGGACAUCAUCAACGGAUCCGCAGAUGGCACGUUCCCUGGUCUCAUUCCAUUGGUGGAAUCGUACUUGAACAGCGUCAACGUUGAUGUGGAGACAAGAUGCUCAUUGGCACGAUAUCUGGACCUGAUCAGGAAACGAGCAAACGGCACACUUUGGACUGGAGCAAAGUGGAUCCGCGAUUUUGUUGCCAACCACCCAGACUAUCAGAAUGACAGCAAGGUGUCAGAAGGUAUCACCUAUGACCUGGUUAGGGCCGUACAGGCUAUGGAAGAACAGGAAGGGAAAGCAGGCAGUAUAGGAUGGCAAAUGCUUACGGGGCAGAAGUAA